AAUGGAAAUCGCCAAGUAAGAAGAAGAAAAUAGAAAAUCAAUUGGAGAUUUAACAUCAUGAUGGGUUUAAGGUUUUAUUUCUGUCUGAUGGUUUUGUGUGCAAGCCUUAUGAUCCCAACCCAAUGUCUUGGCCGGCACAUCUGCCUGCCGGAGGAGCAUGUUGCCUUGUUCAUUUUCGGGGAUUCAAUAAUUGAUGCUGGAAACAAUAACUACAUCAACACCACAACUGUUUUGCAGGCGAAUGUUUGGCCAUAUGGCGAAAGCUACUUCAAGUACCCCUCUGGAAGACCCUCCGAUGGCCGUCUAAUCCCUGAUUUCAUUGCUGAGUAUCUAAAGUUGCCAUUGAUUCCACCCUAUCUACAUCCCGGUUAUCAUCGAUAUACCGACGGGGCUAACUUUGCAUCAGCAGGAGCUGGUGCUCUCGUUGAAACCCGCCGAGGAUUGGUGAUAGACCUGCAUACCCAAUUCCAUUAUUUCGAGAAAAUGGAGAGGCUGCUGAGACAAAAACUAGGUGAAGCAGAGACCAAAACAUUGCUGUCCAGAGCCGUUUACUUAAUUAGCAUCGGAACCAACGACUACUUGGUCACUUUCGCCAACUCCAGCACGCUUCAAUAUUCCUACUCUCGAGAAGAAUACGUAGAUAUGGUGAUCGGCAACAUGACAACUGUGAUCAAAGAAAUACACAAGAAAGGAGGAAGGAAAUUUGCGUUUCUAAACUUGGAGCCCGCGGGUUGCAUACCAUUGGCGAAAGCUAUAAAACCAGAAAUCGGAGGCGCAUGCUUGGAGGAAUUGACAGCGCUGGUAAAACUGCACAAUAAAGCACUUUCUCAUGUCCUCCAGAUACUAGAGACCCAGCUCAAAGGAUUCAAAUAUUCACAUGCCGAUUUAUACACUUUCGUUACCGAAAGAAUUAAUGACCCUUUAAAAUAUGGUUUCAAGGAAGGGAAGAAGGCAUGCUGCGGAUCUGGCUCAUAUAGAGAAAAUCUGAACUGUGGGAAGGGAACAUUAACAGAAGAUUAUAAAUUGUGUGGGAACCCCAGCGAAUAUGUGUUCUUUGACGCUGCUCAUCCAACAGAAAAGGCGUACCAGCAACUGGCGAAGCUUAUGUGGGAUGGAGAACUCAAUGUCACCUGGCCUUAUGGUAUAAAAGCACUGAUUGAAGAUAAAUAAGUCAUGAACUGUACCCACUCAACUAAAUUAUAAGUUCAGUGUUGUAAAACAAUUAAUAAGGAUUAAUCAGGGUUCUUGCUUUGUUCUAGCCAGUUCCUCAUGAUAUCUGCAAGUACUCUGAAAAAAUGUGCCAAGUGCAUAGCUUCUACAUAUGCUCAAAUAAAGUUUAGGUACCAAAUGAGAAAUGUUUUGAUUA